AUGUCUGCACCCAAGGUCUUCUUCAUCACCGGCGCCAACCAAGGCAUUAGCAAGGGCUUUACAAGAAGCUCCUCCUGCAACCCGGAGUCACCGUCCAAGGGAAGCAAGCUUAUCAUCCUCAAACUCGACUCCCAGGUCGAUGCUGACCCCGCCGCGGCCGUUACGCAGCUCCAGAAGGAUCACAGCAUCAAGUCCCUCGACGUCGUCAUUGCCAACGCCGGCAUCGCCCACUCAGGCACCACCGUCUCCAAGACGACCCCCAAAUCACUCCGAGACCACUUCAACACUAACUCCAUCGGCCCUAUAAUGCUAUUCCGGGCCGUCUCCCCCCUGCUCCAGGCCAGCUCGACCGGCAACCCCAUCUUCUUCCCCAUCUCGACCCUGAUCGGCAGCAUCGGCAGCCAGGAGGCACUCGCCGCCUUCCCGCAGACCUUCAGCCCUUACAGCACCAGCAAGACGGCCCUCAACUAG